GCAUGGCUAUAUCCAUAUCAGGGAUAGCCCGAUCCUUCCCUGCUCCUAACAGAGUUAGCCAACCCUUUUGCGAGUUGUCAAUUGGGCUAAUUUGGGCCUUCGCUUUAUGCAUGCCUGAUGCGCUCCUUCGUGGCUUAUCCUCGUCCUUUUGAGUCCUUGUCGCCGGCACAGGACAUCAAAGAACAGCUGCUGGCCGCCAGACAGGUGAGAAUCAAAAUGGAACUUGAUCAAAGGACAACACGCAGGCAGCUAACUUUUUCACCAAAAGGUGCGGAGCAUUCGAAGAAUUCGUAA